AUGGGAGAGGGAAAGUUCUCUGCUCCUCCUGUUUCCCCCCAAACCCCUCCACAAGCAGACUACGAGGCUCCAUCAGGUGUGGUGAUUCACGGCCCAGGCUGCUCUGCCUGCCUGCGCGGGCAGCGCUGCUCCUUCCUCGUCUCCAUCCGCGCGCCCGCGCACUGGAUAGCGCCGGAGCAAGCAGACAAGGGCAGCAAGCACACGUGGUGGCAGCGGGAUCUCUCUCUGCUCCUCCGCGGCCCAGCGCUCGCCCACGGGGACGUGCGGUGCCUCGACCCCCCGCACUGCUUGGAACUAUCAGUUGCAUACCGCGUGUGGGACAUCGGGGAGUAUUGGGCAACUCUGAACGUCGGUUGUGCCAAUCUCAACUUCUCAGCAGCUUCCUUGCACCAUCUGCACUCCACGCAGCAAAACACCCUCACUUCCUGGCCAAUAACAAUCCACCCUCGCUUCCGACCUAACUCCCCGAGCCUAGCUGCCAAGCCUGACCUAGCUGGCGGCCCGAGCCUACCUGCCGAACCUCCGCACCAAGCCUCUGGUGCUCCAAACCUGGGCCCCACGCUCGGCAGCUCGCCUCUCCGAACCUCGCUGUUGGAGUCGCCACCUGCAGAGGGCGGCUUGCCCCGGGCCUUGGAAGUGGGGAGGAAGCUUCCUGAGAGCCCCUGUGCUGCUGCGUCGGUGCCAGGAAGAUGGGUGAAGGAGGAGGGAGGAGAGGGUUACAGAUGGUCGUUCUUCCCCUGCUCGCCUAAGGAGCUCCCGCCCUCUCAGUGCAUCUAUUUUGAGUCGAAUCAGAACUCCUUCCCACUCUCCCCCUCCUCCGUUCCUUCCCCCCCUCCCCCGUUACCCAUCUCCCCUUUUCAGUUGGUCAUUCUUCCCCUGCUCGCCUAA